CUGCCUCCUGUGCCCGGGGCUGAGUGAUUAUGUAUGAAGGAUGCGUCUAGGGCUGCUCUGGGUUGUAGCUGCUGUGAUCUGUGCCAUGUCAGAGCUGGGGCUUCCUCUAGAAAAUUCUACUUCCCCCACUGAUACUGGUCAGUCUCAGUCUGUUACCAAAUGGCACCAGACCCUGGAACUUCCCCAGAUCACGCACCCUAGCCGAUUAAUUGGGCGGACAUCAGGAGCAGAAGCUCGAAGAUACCAGCUGGACACCCAGGUCAGAAAUGACAGCAACCCUAAUCUACCGGCUCACCUCGCCAGUGUCAGCUUCCUGGUGCCAGCAUUCAAGAAAGAAUUUAUUCUGGACCUGGAACUUAACCAUAAUCUCUUGUCUUCUGGAUACGUAGAAAUCCACUACAGUGAUAACAACAAUUCUCGUGUGCUGACUCCUGGUGAAGCUGGAGAUCAUUGUUACUACAAGGGCCAUGUGCGUGGGUUUGAACAAUCGUGGGUUGCAGUCUCCACCUGUCAUGGACUUAGUGGAGCCUUUUCUGAUGGAACAUUCACUUAUACAAUAUACCCCCAAGAGCAGAAAGCCAAGAAGUCUCUCCAGUGGCCUCAUGUGAUUGAGCGGGCAAAGAAAUGCCAAGAACCAGGCUGUAUGAAUCUUCAAGCAAUUCCCAGAAGCUCAAAAAUACGCAGGAAAAGACAGGUCCGCACAACUGCGCACUCCGCUUUGUCUGAAACCAAAUACAUUGAGCUUAUGGUGGUCAAUGACUGGCGCCUGUUUCAGGUCCGACAAUCUGUGGGUCUUACAAGUAGUUAUGCCAAAUCAGUGGUGAAUCUAGCUGAUUCUAUUUUUAGGGAGCAGCUGAACACCAGUAUUGUUCUGGUGGCGAUGGAGACCUGGACAUCUGGGGAUAAGGUUGCUGUCAGUGAAGACCCUCUGCAGACACUGGCUGAUUUCAUGAAGUAUCGGAGCAUGGAAAUACCGGAGCACAGCGAUGCCACUCACCUCUUCUCAGGACGCACUUUUAAAAGUAGCCGCAGUGGAGCAGCUUAUUUUGGUGGGAUAUGCUCUCCAACCAAAGGCGGUGGUGUGAUCGAGUUUGGAAGCAUUGCUGCCAUGGCGGUGACUUUAGCACAGGCUCUGGGACAAAACCUUGGCAUGAUGUAUAACAGACCACGCAUGGCUGCAGGCGAUUGUAGCUGUCCAGACCUGUGGCUCGGUUGCAUCAUGGAGGAUACAGGGUACUACCUUCCCCAGAAAUUCUCCCGCUGCAGUACUGAUGAAUACAGACAGUUCUUGGAAAACGGAGGAGGGAAGUGCUUGUUUAACAAACCCAAUAAGCUAUUGGAUGCUCCAUCUUGUGGAAAUGGAUUUGUAGAAGUGGGAGAAGAAUGUGACUGUGGUUCACCUACUGAAUGUAAAAAGAGUGGGGCACUGAACUGCUGUAAGAAGUGCACACUCAGCCAUGAUGCCAUGUGUAGUGACGGGCUGUGUUGUCGGCGAUGUAAGUAUGAACCAAGGGGGAAAAUUUGCCGUGAGCCCAUUAAUGAAUGUGAUGUACCAGAGAUGUGUCCUGGAGACUCCAGUGUGUGCCCAGCAAAUCUACACAAGCAGGACGGAUACUUCUGUGACAAUGAACAGGGUCGAUGCUAUGGAGGCCGUUGCAAGACCAGAGAUCGUCAAUGCAUUGCACUAUGGGGACGGAGUGAAUCAGACAGGUUCUGCUAUGAAAAACUAAACAUUGAAGGGACAGAGAAAGGCAACUGUGGAAGAGAUGGCGAUAACUGGAUUCAGUGCAGCAAACCAGAUGUGCUCUGUGGCUACCUCCUAUGUUCCAAUAUCUCUGGAUUACCAAGAAUUGGAGAGCUGAAUGGUGACAUCACAAGUAUGUCUUUCUAUCACCAGAACAGAUAUAUUGAUUGCAGAGGAGGACAGGUGAUUCUACCAGAUGGCUCAAGAUUGGGGUAUGUUGAGGAUGGGACACCGUGUGGACCUAACAUGAUGUGUCUAGAUCGGAAGUGUAUAUCAGCAAAUGAGUUCAACUUUAGUACCUGCCCAGGCGGUGGACGUGGAGGGGUGUGCUCAGAUCAUGGGGUUUGCAGUAACGAAGGGAAAUGUAUUUGUCAUUCGGACUGGACUGGAAAAGACUGCAGUGUAUACGAUCCCGUUCCUGUUCCUAAAACCACUGGAGUUGUGGAGAGAUCAAAAGGUCCCAGUGGUACAAAUAUUAUCAUCGGAUCUAUCGCAGGGGCUGUGCUCAUAGCUGCCAUUGUAUUAGGAGGAACCGGAUGGGGUUUCAAGAAUAUCCGGAGAGGAAGGUCUGGAGGUGGAUAGCGGUAGCAUAUCCUUGGUGACACCUUCUCUCGCCAUUUGUCAAUCAAUAUUCUCUAUCAUUCCCAUGACACCUCUAGGCCUUGCUUGAUAAAGCAAAGAUGAUGAUAAUCCAUUGGAGUGAGAAACGAAUGACAAGUCUGCAGCAGGGACCACUACAGUGAAUAUUUAUGGGAACUUUCUCCCUGUCUUCCAGGAUUGGAAUUAGGCUGUCUCUCUGGGACAGUAAUAGACUCCAACAUAGCAGGUUUCUGUUGGCAGAAGCCGUAUUGAACUUGUCAGUCAGUCCCGAAGGCUGCCGCUGCAAUUUAAAUUCAAGAAGGAUUGACCCUUUAAAAUGUGUCACUGCCAAUCGUACACUUUACUGGGAAGGAGCGACCACUAAAAACAAGCCAAUUAUCCUGAGUACAUUUUAGUUUUUACAAUGGCUUCAACUUUUUUUUCUUUUUAUUGGUCACCUCAUUGUUAUUUGUAGAUUGAGACAAUUUAAAGUAUAUUUCCAGCGGCGGACUGGGGACUAAAAGUGACCCUGGAAAAAAAUAAACUAACUGCCCCACCUUCUGUCCAAAUUGACAGAAGGCGGGACAACACAAGUAGUCAUGGAAGUAGGGCUGGCAAUAUUGUAGUGCAGCACAAAAUACCGCCCCAGCAGAACCAAAUACCACAGUGCAGCACUAAAUACUGCCGCCCUCACCACAGUAUUCCACUGUAUCACCGUCCUAUGCGACUGUUAGCCAGGUGCAUAAGUACCUGAUACUCCUAGCAUUGAUUAAUAAUGAGAGCAUCAGAUCGUUAUGUACCCAGCCAGCAGCCGUCAGGAGGACAUCCGCCCACCAGGAAAUUUCCCUGUAGGGUCUAUGGCCAGUCCGCCCCUGGAUAUUUCUGAGGCUUCAGCAUCCCAAAAGCUUGUGAAUAUUGGCUCAACUAAUAAAAAAACCUGGCACUCAUGAAGGUGAAAGGGACGAUUUAAAUGUCACUGCCAUUAGGAAACUGAUUGUAGGAGGGACUGUUCUUAAAUACAGCAUUGCCAUGGGACCCCAUGUACCAUCCUGGAAUUUAGCGCUUAAUUAAAUUACUGCCAUGAAUAAGCUUUGAUUCCAGGUACCAACUUCUGCCUUUAUACCCAGUGGUAGAAGAAGGUUCCAACUAACAGUGUUUCCUGAAAAUAGUCAUAUAUAUGUAUAAUUUUAAGAAUAUCUAUAACAUUCAAAUAUAAAAAUAAGAAAACUGAUAAAAAUCCCCCGUUGAUUGCACUAAUAGAUUAAGCAGAUGGGAAGGGUACGGGAUGAGUUUAUAAUUUUUACGGGAUAGAAAGACCAAUAACUACACCACCCCUGAAAAACAUAGAAUGCAUUAAUACUGGAUUAUGAUGCAGACUACUCAAACUUUUAAUAACACAGCUAACCCUGGCUUACGCCAACUGUAUUCACAUUUUGAAAAAAAACAAAAAAAAAAUGGCAAGAUAUCAGAUAUCUCUUGCCU